GCUCGCGGGAGAGGAAGAAGCCAUGUCAAAGCUGGGGAAGGUCGAGCUUCCGAGGUUGGACUGGGAAUCUGGGGUCGAUCGGCCGUGUUGCGCACUGUCUUGUGCACUGUACGUAAUUAAUGUGGGGAACCAAGAAUAAUGUCCAUCGUCAAGCUCAGCAUGUGACGCCUGCACCUCGACCUGUCUUGCAUGUACGCAAUGGCAACCAACGCAGAGAACGCCAAGGCGACGCGCGAUCUCCUCGCGAGGGCGCAUUCGCCCCAAGCCGUGGAGAUAAUCUACACAGAGAAGAUCCAGCAUCGAAAACUGCAUUUGCGCGCGACAUCUCCACCGCCCUCCGAGCUCAACAGCCGCGCUGCGCGACGAAGAAAGAGGCAAGCAGAGAAGGACAAGAAAAAACAAAAGCCGGCACCACUCUCAGCACGCGAGAAGAGGCGGUUAGGUCUGCACGACAUCCCUCGCGAGGGUCAAAAGUACGAGAUCUACGAGCCACUCAACAAGCUAUGGCACGGCUACAUCAACGAGGUGCUCGGCAGCGACGUAUAUACCGGCGGACCCAACACGGCGGCGAAGCUUGCGAGCGCCGAGUUCCACGGGGCGAUUGUCAAGGUUGUUCGCAGUCGAUGUCCUGGGCGCGUCGGCAUCAAGGGGGUCGUGGUGAGGGAUCGCAAGCAUGUCCUGGAGAUAGUGACGCGGAAGCAGGGCGUGAAGAUGGUGCCCAAGGAGGGGACGACCUUUCGCGUGGAGGUACAAGUCCCUAGCAAACCAACUGAAGGCACUUCAACCGAGUCAGCGACCAAGUUGCCAGAGGCCACUAGCGACGACAAGAAGCCACAUCAAGGGAACGUCUUUGUCUUUGACUUGCUGGGAGAUCAGCUCAUGGUCAGAUCGGCGGACCGUGCGACGCGCAAGUUCAAGGCGCAUUUCCAAAAGGAGCUUUGA